AUGUCGUAUGUUUUAUUUCAAUUUGACCCUGUCGAAAAGUUUGUGUCAACUGUUGGAAGAAGGGCUGCUAUACACAUUUUACCAAUAUUUGACUGGACAAAGUUCUAUGAGUCGAAUUGUUUGGUGUCAAAUCCAUUACAUGAAAGUCAAUCAGAGCUGAAAUUGGAAGACUGCAAUAUCUGUGAAAGUGUGAACAAGAUUGAAAGAAUAAAAGAUAUAACAGAAGCGAAGUUAGUAAAUAAAUACCUAAAACAAGAUAGACCAGUUAUAGUUCAAGAUGGUUUAAAACAAAAUGAUAUCAGUAAAUUUACUGUGGAUUUUCUAACCAAGAUAUUUGAAGACAGUAUGUUUGAAGGUUGUGAAUUUACCAGUAAUGUAAAAGUUGGAGGUCAUAGGUCCUUCUUGAAACAGGUCAAUGCUGGCGAACAUGAACAUUAUUUUGCCUACUGGAGAAAUUGUUUUGAAGAGCCUGCUAAAGAAUUUAGAUUUUAUUUUAAAAAACCUUAUUUCUUUUCCUCUGUGGUGGAAUUGAUAGAUACCAAUUGGGUUUAUAUAGCUAAAAAUUACACAGCCAAAUCAUCAAAACCUAUAUUAAUAGAAGGGCCAGUGAUUAUGUUAAUGCAGAUGAAGGGAAGUGUAGAUAUAGUGUUAAUACCUGAUAAAUUAUGUUCUGAUAUCUGCUCUGAAGUCACACAGACUUUACAUGAAGGAGAAAUUUUAUUAUUAACAGAUUUUCUAUGGUUGAUAGAUUAUUACCCUAGAGGUACUGGUGAAAGCAUUGGUAUUGGUGUAACAGCUAGUUUUGACUGA